AUGGAGGUCAAUAAGGGAUGGAACAUAAUCCAGAUUGAAGGAGAUGAAUGGGAGCGUUUCAUCGCCCGCAUGCAUCUCACUAGGGGUGAAUUGAUCAACUUCUCCUUUAGAAGACAAACUCCAAGGCUGGUUGUUAUCUAUAUCAACUCACAUGAUGAGGAUCCACUUGAUGAAGCACUAUAUGCACAAAGAAUGAUCAGGCUGAGUGAGGAUGAAAUGGACAAACUCUGGGAAAAACUUCCGCCACGUGAUACCUACAUCGGGAUGCCAUUCAUAACCCGCCUGACAGGGACGAUGGUUAACCGUCAUUUCAUUAAAUUACCUAAGAGGCUAUGUGUGAGUUUUGGCAUCGAGCAGGGUGAAGCAGGCAUUGGUGGACUACAUCUUACCAAAAGGGGCUCCAUCACAACCUGUGCUUACGCAGUGGACACAGGCGGUCGCACUAUCUUCAGUGCAGCUGGGUGGAGCAACUUCCUUGCUAGCAAGAAUCUCCGGGUUAGGAAAGCCGUCUUAUUCACUAUUAGGAACACCCCACACCAUGACUUGAGGAUGAUCAUCGUCAUCGACCUCCUUUAA